AUGUUGGGUCAUAUGAUUUCAAGGUUCGGGUCUGCCAUUGUUAAACAGCUCGCAAAAGAGGGAUAUCUAUCAGCAUACGGGACAAGGAACUUACAACGGUCUUAUGGCCAGUACUUGCGAUCUUCGCCAAUGGUACAGAGGCAAACUAGGACUUCUCAAGAAUCCUUGUUCUUAAGGAACCACAAGUUUUGUACUUCUUCCUCUGAGAAGGGUGAUGAAGAAACUGAAAAGAUAACCAUUGUCUUUGUUGAUAAAGACGGAGAGGAAAUUCCCGUUAAAGUCCCUAUUGGAAUGUCUGUGCUCGAAGCUGCUCAUGAAAAUGAUAUAGACCUCGAAGGGGCUUGUGAGGCUUCUCUAGCAUGUUCAACGUGUCACGUGAUCGUGAUGGACACAGAAUACUAUAACAAACUUGAAGAACCAACAGAUGAAGAGAAUGAUAUGCUUGAUCUUGCUUUCGGGCUUACUGAAACGUCACGACUCGGAUGCCAAGUCAUUGCAAAACCAGAGCUAGAUGGUGUGCGCUUGGCCAUUCCUUCAGCCACGAGAAAUUUCGCAGUUGAUGGGUUCGUUCCAAAACCGCAUUAG